UUCCAAGCAGUUGUAGGGGGCAAAGAGGGAGGAGGAAACUCGGAGGAGGAAACUCAGAAGAGAGAUUCUGAUAUAAAAGAAACUCCCCUUCCCCUUGGGCCUGGAAUCCUGAACCUCUGUACCUUCUCCUGUCUCUACCUAUAAAGAGGUCCAGGCCCUCUGGGUAAAAAACAAUCUACAUGGGUUUCUCUACAGCUCUAGAGGAUGUGGCCUCCCACUAUCUCUCCAUUUUUGUGAUCGGAUUCUACAUCUUGGGAAGUCUGCAGGAAGGUAGGGAGCUGGUCAUCCUCGUGACCCAAGUUCUAUCUAUGGAGCUUCUGACCCCCAUGCACCUAGUUCUGAUGAAGACCUUGCAUGUGCUGAGGGUCUGCUCCAUGCGAUUCUUUUCUACCCUGUCCCAUUGGAGCCAAAGAUGCAACCUGUCCCUGUGGAAAGAACUGAAGCAGAAACAAGCAAAGGUCCUUUUCGACUGGACCCAGCAGGCAUACAUUGGGUUAAUCAUCUUCUACCGGGAAAAAAGCAAUGCCUGCAAGACCAUUCUGGACAAAACCACAAAGCAGCUUUUCUUCAUCACACUUCUUGACUACCUGGACAAGUUCUGGAUACUAGUCUAUCAAUGGACCCAGAUCAUCAUAACUUUUUCCAUCCUGAAGCAGAUCAAGACAUGGUGGGGCUUCCAGUCCACUGAUGAAGAACCUUGUAUUCCUUUCUUUUCAGGAUGCCAGCUGUCUGACCCAAUGAGCAUUGAAGCUGACUUUGCCUACUGUAAAAAGCCUUCCCCCCGAUUCCAUCUACGUCAGAUUCCUGGCAGGGCCCAUAAAGUCAAGAGAGAAAACCAGGAGCUGUAAAGUGUUCCUCAAAACCACAGUUCCAUGCAACAGAAAGAGAAAAAGCUCCACCUUAUGACCUUCAAGUAGAGCUGAUAUCAAUGCACCUAGAGCUCUGAGUAUCACUGCACUUCUAAUGCACCAACAUCCACUUGACCUGUUAAAAAGAAAAUAAAAUGACCCGGUGUGAAACCUC